AUGGAUCGGGAUGACCAAACUGACCAGGCGGCUCCACAGGACGUGGUGUCCAUCAUACGAAGCCACGUUGAUUUCAGCCCGUCGAAGCCUGCAGAGCCUUACGGUGACUGGCGGAGCUUGCCGGAGCUUCCCACCUCUUGGGAACUCAACCCAGAUUGGGACAACGACCUGGAGAAGAUUCGGAUGAACGUACCACAGAAUGACAUAAGGUAUCCUUACUCGGACAAGAACGGAUACCUUGAGAUACACUAUCGCCUUUCCCGAGAGGAAGGCAUCACCUCCCUCCGAAAUGGAGUCUUCGUCCAAGGCUACCUCAUGACCAGGCUCGGCCCUGUCUGUCGCCUGCAAUUCUCCACGCAAAGAGCCGGGAGAAAGAUUGUCUGGACACGUACGCGUCGCCUUACUCCAGGCACCAUCGUGGCCAUCUCUACCGCAGCAGAUAACUUCGAGACCAUAUGCAAGCCAGCUGUCAUUGCCGAUCGCUCAAUCAGAGAUGGGCUAGACAAGAAGCCUCCCACCAUUCAGAUAUUAUGGUCCGAUAUCUCUGACGCAGUCAUAGACCCUAAUCAAGAGCUGGUUAUGAUUGAAGCUCGCCGUGGUUUCUUCGAGUCCGUGAGACAUACUCUGGUCGGACUUCAGCACGUCGCCCAGAUUAAGACUCCGUUCGACAAAUAUCUUGUCCAAGGCAGCCAGGCUGAUGAGAACCCCCAGUAUGUCCUCGACAAUCCUAAAAUGGACAUAUCUGGUCUUCUCCACCAUCUGCCAGAUGACAGCAUCGAGCGUGAGAGACUUCUCGGCCCGUAUCGCAACUACGACAUCCUCUCCGGGAUCCCUGCCAACAUAGGUCCCCACACCAGUCUUGACAACUCUCAGCUCCAGGCAGUCCAUAGAAUCCUCACAAAGGAGCUUGCCAUGGUUCAGGGACCUCCUGGUACAGGCAAAACAUUCACCUCGGUUCAAGCUCUCAGAAGUCUUGUUAACACUCUCACGGCUGGAAUGAGGAAGGACACCGAGGAGGUCAUCAUUGUAGCAGCGGAGACAAAUCACGCCGUUGAUCAAAUCCUGACACACUUGCUGAAGCUGGAUUACAACGUUUUGCGACUAGGAGGAAGAUCGAAAGAUGAGGAAAUCAAGAAGUACAACAUGUUCAACCUCCGGCGACGAGCACCUAUCCUAGCGCACAACAAGGACUUCCAAAACGGAGAAGCAGCAAGGAAGAAAGCUAUUCGGGACUUUGGCGACAUGAUUGAAUCUGUGUUUCCAGCUGACGAACUUCUCGAUCCCAAGGUUCUCCAUGAAUAUGGGAUCAUCACCAAUGAGCAGUUGGGGUCACUUACGAAUACCUCCUGGGACUAUCAGCCGCCCUCGGGACGGCCUUUGGGGAUUAUGUCGGAGUGGCUCCACGAGUCCAUGGUCGACCUAUCUCAGCGCCGCUACGAAGACCCCGCCUUUGAUGAUGAGGAGAUCAUGGACGACGACGAGAUUGACACUUCUGACUUCCAGCUGGACCUGGACGAUCCUGCUGUGGACGACGAAGGUGAUUCUUUCGUCUUGAAGGGCACCUGGAUAGAUAUCUCGCGUAAAUGGGGAGGCGCAAACCCUCAACAUUAUAAUGAGGAAAGCCUUCUUCUGAAGCGCGAGAUGAAUAGGCGAGACCUUUUCGACGUACCGGAGAAGUAUCGAGGUGCCAUGUACGAAUGCUGGCAGAGACAGUUGCUUGAAAAGCAUCACCAAGGCCUUUGUAACUUGCUGGCAAACUACACCCGCAAGUACAAGAGCCUGAAGGUCAAUGGUUGGAAGCGCGAUGUCGCCUGUAUCAAGUCCAUGGAUAUACACAUUAUUGGCUGCACGACCACCGGUCUGUCAAAGUACCGAGGCCUACUCGCUGCUUUGAAGGCAAAGACCAUCCUCGUUGAGGAGGCUGCUCAGAGUCGGGAGGCCAACAUUGCUGCAGCGCUGUUCCCCUCUUUGCAGCAGCUUAUUCUCGUGGGCGAUCACCAGCAGCUUGAUCCCUACACCGACGUGCCUGGACUGGCCGGUUCAUAUCACAACAUCACGGUGUCCAUGUUUGAGCGGCUCGUAGCGUACCUGCGACUUCCUUUCACCAUGCUCAACAGGCAGCGACGAAUGAUUACCACCAUUCGCGAAGUUCUCAACCCCUUCUACCCAUCAUUGGGUGACCAUCCAAUUGUGCGUGAUCCGCUUUACCGACCGGCCAUACCUGGCAUGCCUGUCAGUCACUAUCUCUUCCAACACACUUGGCCAGAAAGCAUGGAUACGGAUCUAUUGAGCCGAUUCAAUGCACAGGAGGCGGAGAUGGUCGUCCGCUUCGCCAUAUAUCUCAUGCACAACGGAACACAGGCGCACCAGAUCACGAUCUUGACUUUCUACCGUGGCCAGAAGAAGAAGAUCUAUAAAACGAUCGCCAAGCUGUUGAGGCCCUUGUAUGCCCAAGCGAAAAUUGGGGUCCAAACAGUGGACUCUUAUCAAGGCGAGGAGAACGAUAUCAUUCUCCUAUCCCUUGUUCGCAGCAACAAGCCCAAUAUGCCCGGUGUUGCUGGCUUUGUAGAAGACAUGAGCCGUGGUGUUGUGUCCAUCAGUCGUGCUCGUCGUGGUCUCUACAUAUUCGGAAAUAUUACCAACCUUGAGACUGCCUCACCUGAAUCGAGAUUCAUGUGGGGAAACGUUCGACAAGUUUUCGAAAGACAAGGUCGAUAUUUCCCAGGACAAUCAGGCCUGCCCAUCCGUUGCAAGAAUCAUGGGGCUAUCAACCACAUUAUGGAUGCCGACACCCUGGCGGGCAAUUAUGGCGGUUGUUGGCAGGUGUGCGAGGGCCAUUUCGAAGAAUGCGGGCACCCAUGUGAUCGCCUUUGCCAUCCGAUGUCACACAGUCAGCUGGUCUGUAAGAAGCCCUGUGAGCGGAAGCUUCAUUGCGGUCACAGAUGUUCAAACGACUGCGGAGAUGAGUGUAUCUGCGAAAAGCUUUGCCCCAGUUUCAUGGGACGAAUGCCACAGCCCGAAGUCGACCAAAUGCAAGGCCAUAGACCACUUGGCAACGGAUCUUCCCACAAGCAGAGACGAACAAAUGGCACGCCGGACACUGUGCAGAGAAACAAAUGGGUGGCAUACAAUUCCGCCCAGGAUGAUGCCCGAGCACGCUUGCAGAGACAGACUUCACCCAGGCUGAUCGACACCGCCUUGCCAGUUUCUGUGCACGAAACCCUUCGGGAAGAAUUUCGGUCAGUCAAUAUCAGCCCAAUGGGCGGUCGUGUUGUCGCUGAUGGAGUCAUAACCAAUGGUAACAACAUCCCGCCUGGCACUAACAACCCAGCCAUUAGAGGGAAACCCGACUUUGGCUCUACAACAGCUCACCGUAAUCGUGAAUCUGCUGCACCCACGCCGAAGGCUUCUGGGGAUACUGAUGAGCGUUCCACUGGCACACCGACCCCAAAUGCCCGCCAGAUACCUCGUGGUCGUCGUUCUCCUAUCGUCACCCCUCGCACUGCUGUCAGAGCUUUCCCCCCGAGGUACGAUCAAACCCCGACUCACUCAAACCUGCUUGAUCUAUCUCACCUCGAUGGCGUUCUGGAUGACACUCUAUUGGAGAGGAAUAGAUCAAGCCCAGAAGACCUGUACGAUGUCAGCCCCCCGAGGGAAAGGAACGCUCAUACAAGCCAUCAGGCCGCUUUCAACCUACCCCCUUCUCGUGUCUCUUCUUCAUACGACAAUGUCAGCGACGCAAGCUCCGAAAUUGCGCGAACGGUUGCGGAUUGGGAGGUCGCCAGCGACAACGAGGAGAGAGACGGAGUGCAGCUUCCCAUUGUGACUGUCAAAGAGACCAAGAAGUGCUUCGAUGACGAUGAUGAUGGUGAUGAUAAGGACCUCAUCAUAUUCUGA